AUGACGCAAUUACCAUCUUCUUUUCGCCAGCCUACUCCGCGCACGAAUCGCGACCGCAAUUGUUGCGAAACAUUUACCAAGUUCUUGAAGGGCUUCCUAUGCAUUCUCGAGACAGGCCAUGAGGGUAUUGAUUUCGAAUGUGAAGGCCUGCCUGGCCCCCCUGCUGUCGAAACCAGAAGAUCUUCAACGUCUACCCAGCACAGCAAAAGUUCCAUACAAAUCGCUAUGAGCAAAAAUACGUCACAAGAUUCAAAUGGAGGAGAAGCUAUAAGCAACAGUGGCUCACAGUGUGUUACAGUCACCGACACAGAUGGGCCUGCACAGCAAACAACUACACAAUUCUCUCGCCCUACACUAAAUAAUUGCACGGGCAAUACAAAAACAAGUGACAUAAUGGAAUUGAAUGCCUCUACAAAUUGCGACAAAGAUACAGAUUCCACAGAAGUUCACAGAAAUGCAAUACGUCCAGAAUCUCUGCAGCGAAAAACAGAACAAUUUUGGGAUGAAAUUGCAAAGAGAUACCAGGUAGAGAAAAAGAUCGAACGGAUCAUCCCAGAAUCCACAGGAGAUUACCCACCCAUUAUUUUUCAUUGA